UGACAACACCACCGCUCUCUCGCAAUCCAGUCUCAGAAAAUGACAGGAAAUGAAUGAAUUGCCCACUAUUCAUUCAUAUACACUAUGGCAUGUGUUUGUUGGUUUUUAAACAUGCGAACCAUGCGCACCUUGCGUCUGAUUGCAGAAUGGCUGGUGGUGGUGGGGAUGCCGAAGGACGCGCGCCUAGAGAGCAAUCUGAUAUUUUAGACGCUUUAUAAAUUAUUCGAAUAAGUGCUGUACUCCACCACAUGGGCUCAGUGCAGUCGUGACGGUUCACUCUGAGGCGAUUCGUUUGAGUUUACGCGCAACUGAAAAGUAGACUGUCUAUGGAGCCAGUGUUUUAAUGGCCAGUUGUGUCAAGUUUCGACAGGUAGGAGUACACGCCCUUCCUUCCUCUAGAGAAACAGGUAAUAUCAGGAAGUUCGUAUGGUGACACUGCCAUAGAAGGCACUCAAGCGUGGAGUCCUGCAGUAUGUACGCUGCUUUGGUCUUUGCGUUACAUUGGACUUCUUUAUAAUCUUCUGACCUGAUAUUUUGAGCUCCGACAUUUUCUUCUCCAACAUGCCUUCCUUCUCCGUCGUGUGGGUUGAACUCCUUAUUGGACUGCUACUUCUGACACAGGCUUCAGUAAUGUCAGCGGGUGUAAACGUCACCGUAACACCUGAACAGGGCUCAACCAUCACCAUCACUAAAGACGCCGACGCCACAGCAGACUGUGAUGCUUGUGUGGAUGGUGGGGGGAAUCCCAGACUCUGCGACCUCCCCGAGUUUGUGCUGUCCAAGCCUGUGGAAACCAUUGUCCUGUUCAACUGCACCCAGCCUCAAGAUGUUUAUAAAGUGAAGACGGAGGGCAAGAUAGCAUGCACUACUGAUGCCUGCAGUCCUGAGGCAGGAAAGGAUCAGGCGUCUGUCUUCACAGAUUUCCACAGAAGCUUUCUGUGGACGAUAGAGGGUCCCGAUGGGACUUUGUUGAAUUUGGACUUCACAGGGGAGGGCCUGAAAGAAGUUCCUGAAUCAGAGGUCUGUGCAGAUGGGUACCUUUACUCUGUGAGUAGCACCGACUCCCAGGGAGUGGUUCUGACCCAGAACUACUGUAGGGGCGGAACCCUGACCCAUCUAGAACUGCCCAGCAAGGCCUCCGUGUCCAUGGCGGUUCCGAAGCAGGCAGCGGUGCUUCCCGUUGUGUUUAAUGUUGCUCCGAAGCCUAAGCCUGUAAAGAAGGGCCGAACGAUGGCCGUGACCCCUGACAAGGACACCUUGGUGAUCUUGAGAAGGGAGGCUGCUGGGCCCGAGUGCAGUGUGUGUGUGGGUGCAGGGACCGACCCCACCUGCUCAUCAGAUCUGACCCUGCGGGAGUCGCUCAACACCACCAUCCAGUUCACCUGUGAAAAGCCUGAAGACAUCUACACAGUGGAGAUCAAUAGGGAUUUCGAUUUCACACAGGGCGCCAGUGGCAAGAAAGAAAUGUUUGCCGUCUCCAGCGUCUUCCCAGACUUCCAACGGACCUUCACCUGGGACCUAAAGGUCCCAUCAUCCCAAACGUUCCAGCUGGACUUCCCAGGUCUUGGCAUGAAGCAGAUCGGUCCCUCAGACACCUGCCCCGAUGAACACACCUACAGCAUCAUCACGUACCAGCGAUUUGGACUCGGUACUAUCGGCACCUUCUGCAAAAACGGCUCCAUAAGUCAAAUUCAGGUUCUGUACAAAGGAAGGUUGGCCCUGGCUGUUCCAAAGAACAAGAAACUGGACAUGUCCGCUAUCAAAGUUUCUGUCGGCCCCGAAACUAAAAUGCUGGCCAUCGUGCAGUCCAAGCUGCCCCGGGGUCAGUCCUACUCCGACUUCUUCUCCGCCAACUACCUCCGCGGCUUCCCCCGGGACGAGACCAUGCAGUGGGACUUUGUGGUGCCGCCCAAGCACGACGUCACCGUCUCCUUCCUGGCCGUGACGGAGCCCAAGUGCGGCUCCAAGGCGGUGGAGGUGCGCUACGAGCAGGAGGGCCAAGCGGCCGUGGUCACCAGCCUGACGGAGGAGCAGCCGAGUGCCCAGCAGGGCAGCUUCAGACUCCUGCUGCAGAACUGCGACUCGGGCAGGAGGCCCGAUCCACCGGGGCUCACCCUCCACUUCAGGGUGUCAGCGCUGCGGGGUGGCGUGCCACAUAUUUGCGCUGUGAACAUGCAGAAAGAGGCCGGAAUCACUCUGAACAUUGAGAACACCAACCCUGCGUCUUACUGUGAAAUGAAAGUGGAUGGUGCUUUCCAAGAGAAAAUCACAGUGCCCCCAGGAUCCUCCCCCUCCCUCUCCUUCCUGGAUUGCCCUAGUAAAGACCUACGUAUCACUGUUACCAAAACCAUAGAAUGUCAAAGCCUGGCCGCAUGCCCAGUGAGACAGACCCCCCUCACCAUGCCCACGCUGGAGAAAUGCCUACCUGCGCCCGUCCACGAUGCCAUCUGGAACCUCCGCGUCCCCGAGCACGGCACUGUGGUCCUGCAGUCGCCCGCGGGCACCCUGCGCCAGUCCCUGCCAGGGGAGGAGUGCGUCGGCACGCUCUCUCUGGACGUGGCGGAGAGUGACGGCACUCCCAUCGGGCAGUUCUGCUCGGGCGGCGUCAUCCGCAAGGUCCAGAUCCACAACAACGUCACCGUCACUGCCACCACUGCGGGCGGCCAGAGCCUGCGCAUGGGUCAGACCGCCCUUUUCAACAUCUCUUUUGGACCUGAGAUUAAAGAGAGCAUCGUGUACCACGUGCAGCCCGACCCCAACGUCCCGACGCCCGUGCUCCUGGGCACACCCGGCUGGCCCCGCGCCAUGAAGCCCUUCGCCACCGUCUCCUGGAUCGUGCGGCUGCCCUCGCAGUACCGCGCCGACCUGCUCUUCGCCAACGUGAGCCAACCCAAGUGCCAGCAGCGCCACACCAACAUUAAGGUUCAGAUGAUUGGUUCGGAGGAGGAGAUUCUGAGCCGACGUGAGGACGAGGAGGAGGUGGGCAAGCUCAGUGUGCCCGGAAGCUUCUACCUGAACAUGUCCAACUGCCAGCCUGAGAGCGGAGGCUUCAGCGCACUCAGCAAGCUCAUGGUGGAGAAGAAGAACAAAAUGCUGUUGGGAAUCAUUCUGGGUGUCGUCGGAGCUCUCUUGGUUCUCACACUUGUCGUGGUAGUAGUCAUCUGUGCGGUGACCAAGAAGAAAAAGAAGCACACAGUGACCAAUCGAGUGUCCAUCUACAACCCCAAAGGCAACCUGUUCCGCCCAAAUGAGUCCACCUUCAAGCCCGACAACGGCGCCCAUAUCUACGACGCCAUCGAUGAAAAUAUGACGUACAGGAUGGGGGAGUCCGGCUACAAUGGCGGCGAGACGGGAGUCUACCGGCCCUUCGUCAGUCCUGUGGAGGUGACGCCGCCCGUCAUCGAGGCGCCCGGCGAGAACAACAAGAAGGAGGAGUUCAGCACGUUCCUGGACCCCGCCGACUCCUUCGGCCCUCCGAGGCCGCGCACGCCUCUGGGGCCCGUGAACAGCCUGGGCUUCGAGGACCGCCGCAUGGUGGACAACGAACUAUACACCUUCAAGAACGCCGGAGACUCCAACCCCAUCCGCCUGUCCGACGUCGACCCCCUUCCUCCGCCCAUGAUCGAUGACGAGUGGGAUGAUUAUGAUUAUGACAAUGAUGAAGAUGCCAUGUGAAGGGUGCGGAGCAGGACAGGAAGGCAGCAUGCUGCCAGGUGGACAGCUGUCUUUGAUAUUGCUCUUGGUCAUGCUCCCCGGUCACUAUGGGUAGGACAAGGAUGGACGGAAAGGCAGAGUUAAGCACGGCUCUCUGGACGGGUUCCCGUGCGUCCGUGGGAUUCAUUCGUGCCUCAAACAGGCAUCAGAAUGCACACGGACACACAGAAUGCAACAGUUUUCUGUCGGAGCACACACUGAUUCCAUGCACCCAGGUGUUCGAGAGCACACCAGAGUGACACGAUUUCCAGAUGCUUCCAGGACUGUGAGCCAUGCCAUUUUAACAAAUGUUUCAAGAGUACAAAUGAUUUGACCAUCUGUUAGACUGGUCUUUGUUUUUUUUUAUUGUUUGUUUUACAUUCUUUUUAAAGACGUUUUUUUUCGUCUAUGAUGGCAAGCCAACAAGAACAUUGCAAUGCAUUCUCACCUUUUUCUCAUCAGAGAACUGUUGACUCUUAGAUCAUCUUUGCUGGAAAUGGGAUUAUUCGAUUUUUCUUGUUUGUUUUUAGGCAUGACCUGUGAUUGCUUGUGACUGUAUGUGUAUAUCGGCAACAGGCUGUUUGAAUAUUUGUAUAUAUAGCUUUGUACAUUUCUAUGGUGUUUUAGGAAUAAAUUCAUAGGUGUUUUAUCUGA